GGCGGUGUAGAAGCGAGAGAAAACGACGUCGCUUAAGAUGCGGUGAAAUAAGGGGAGAUAUUGUGCCCUAAGCUAAGCAAAUUUAAAACCCUGAUUUUGUUGUGGGUGCAGUGAGAAACGCGGAGCAAGGAGGAUGGGAAGGUCACGAAGAAAAUACAAGCAAUCAAGAACCAAGGUCCGAGUGGGUCUCCCGAAGAAGAACCCUAGGCUUUUCAAACCUUCUUUUUCCGUUCCACCGAAGCUCUUGCAAUCCCUCGCCGACGAGCCCCAAUGGGACGACAAAGGCACCGUUAACCACAACUACCAUUCAUUCGGCGUUCUCUCCGACCCCAACUCCAUCUCUCAUCCUUCUCCCGCUUCCGAAUCUAUCGAUUCCGGCAGUGAUCUCGAAGAAGACGACUUGAAAUCAGCCCUAGGAAAGAAGAGAAGAGACGGGAAAAGUGCGCCUCCUCAGCCCCUCACUGCAAUGCAACGGAUUCAUAUUGGACGCCUCGUCGAUAAAUACGGAGAUGAUUAUCAGAGUAUGUUGAUGGAUAUAAAGCUGAAUCCGAUGCAACAUUCGAUUGGAACUUUGCAGAAGCUGUGCAUUAGAUAUCACAUGUAUCAAAACAAGAACCCGCUCAUUUUGGCCAAAUGAAAUGGAUGGAUUUGACCCUUUUGCCCAAAUUUUGUGCCUCUGAGUGUGCAGUGACCAAUUCAGUAACACAAAUGUCGCCAUGAUGCCUGUUGCACGAAAACGAGGAACAGAGUAUAUGAGCUCUUUUAUUACAUAAUAGUGGGUGGAUAAACUGGAGUUUUUUCCCCCUCUUGUUUUUGAGGGUUCUUGUGCGCAUGCUGAUCGUUGCCAAAUCUAUUAUAAUUUGGAUUUCAAGUAUACUUCAGUUGUGUAAUAUUCUAAAAUGAAUUUUGGAGUCUUCAUAAUUUCUUAAGUUUCCGAUUUUAUAUUUUUGUGAAUUUCAUUUUCA